CACUGACAUGAUGUGAUUGUAAAUUAGGAACAGUCCUUAGUUAAUAAUGUGAUUUGUAGAUAUAAUCAUGAUUAGUUAUAGUGUGGUUACGGUUUUAUUGUUUUCGGUUACGGUUAUGGCGACUAGAGUUGUUGAAGGAUCUCAACCAGUGCUACAAAGGACAAUAGAGGCGUUGUUCAAAGACAGAUCUCAAGUGACACAUCCAGGGACAUGCAAGUUAAUCCGAUCCUCGCCUCGGCAAACGAAAAUGUGCAGCAGAGAAGCUAGUCUGACUAACAUUCUGGCAAAGGCAAAAGAGCAAGCCAUACAAGCAUGUGAAGAAGCUUUCUUCUACGAUCGAUGGAACUGUUCUCUAAUAUUUAAUAGGAAAGAAAAAAAGAGCAUAUUCAACAAAAUUUAUAGAGAGACUGCUUUCAUACAUGCCCUCACUGCAGCUUCUAUAACUCAUGCAGUUGCCAGAGGUUGCGCUUCUGGGGACCUUACAAGGUGUUCCUGUCAAGGAAAUUUUCGAAAGAAUCUAUCGGAAUGGAAAAGAAACGGUUGCGGUGACGAUUUCAAGUACGGAAAACGGAUUACAAGGAACUUUCUAGAUUUCAAACACGCGGGCAACGAUCAAAUCGCCGAGAUUCUCAAACAGGAUGUCAUAAUAGGUAUCAACUCCAUCGGUGAGCAAAUGAAAGAAGUCUGCAAAUGUCAUGGUUUUUCCGGGUCGUGUACUACCAAAACCUGCUGGAAGAGACUUGGGCCUUUUAACUCUGCUAUGGGUGUUCUAAAGAAGCACUAUCACCACGCCGUAAAGAAGAAGCUUCUUAACUAUACAACAAAGAGAGCAAUAGCGCCUAAAAUAAAACGUAAAAUGUAUAUUGAUAAGAAUAAUUUAGUAUAUCUUCAUAAGACGCCUAAUUUAUGUGUGAGCACGCGAGGCAGGGUGUGUCGGGACCGAGACAAUUGUGCGACGUUGUGUUGCGCGAGGGGGUACUUUACUAGCAAGAAGCCUGUGAGCUCGCGGUGCAGGUGUAAGAUGGUGAACUGCUGCAUCGUCAAGUGCGACACUUGUGUUAAGGAUGUGGAUGUGUAUACGUGUAAAUAAAGUGCAUUUACGAACCACGCACGUAUGAACUCGGGAACACAAGUUGCGCUAGACUGUCUGAUACUUUUUUCUUAUGCCACGUCGGUGGCAAACAGGUAUACGGUCCGCCUGAUGAAAAGCGGUCACCGUAACCUAUGGACGCCUGCAACUCAAGGGGUGUCACAUGCGCGUUGCCGAUCCAUUAGAAACUUGUACACUCCUUUUUUAAGAACCCCAUACUGUAGUGAAAAAUUGCAUUUAAUCGAAAGUUGGCAAUACUCCACCAGUAAUAAUUGAAUGUAUACGAGAAUAUAGUAUAAUUAACAGUCUUUUUGCUAUUUUAGUUUUAAUGUAAACUAACUUUUCAUUAAAUUCAAUAUUUGUGCAUAUCUUGCAUAAUUAAUCUAUGUUCUGAUUUAACAAAAGCAUAAAUUAUUCAAGUAUGUUGU